GACGAACCCCUCCUCAGACAAAGGGACAGAGGGAUGAUCGUCGCAAGCCCCCGCCCCGUCGCCGCCGUGCCCGAGCUCGCACCGCUCUUGCGGCUGCGUGCGGACGAGCUCCAGCUCCAGAUAUCCCAGAUGCAAAUGGGGAUGGGAGCGACAUUGGGAAUUCCGACACUGGCUCAGUCGGACGAAUGCCAUAACAAGCCUCGAUCACCAUCAUCAGCCAGUGGCGACCAACCGCCCAAGUAUACCAGACACUCGAUCUCGUAUACCUUUACGCACACAACCCAACCCUCCACUUCCUCAACGUCAUCUUCCAUGUCCGGCUCUGCAUCCACUUCGACUUACCGUCCUUCUUUUGAUUCUUUCGACGCGCACUCAGAACAUGCGCCGACGCAAGACCAGCAGCAUAAGGAACAGGCGGAAGGCAGAAGUGCUCCGCUCCAGUCCCUUCAUCCCGAGGAGCAGGAAAGUGCCCCGCCAUACGACUCGUCCUUCGCAGACACGAAUUUGUCUGGUCUCCCAUUAGAGGCAUUAUCCGCACUCUCAUUAUCACGAGAGAACCUUGACGACCUUCGACGCGCGAACUUUGAUGAGCUAGAUGAGCUUGAUCGGUCGGAUGACCGACUGGAUCCAGAUGCCAUUAUCAGGAAGCGGAUCACGCACAACUUCCUCCUGGCUCGUCAGAGUGCAAUCACGUUCGCAAGUUCCGUAUACAGUGACAGAAACCAGCAACGAGAAAGCCUGUAUUCGACCUAUGACUAUGACCCAACCCGCGCAAGUGUGCAAACGUACGGCUCUAGUGUACUCACGUAUGGUUCGCGUGCUUCUCAAUUGAUUGAUGGUGAGGACAUUGGAAUGAAUGGAGGAGAUGGUUCGCGCCCCGUUGCCCCGCUUCCUUGGCUUCCUAGACCAAGUGCGCUCGAUCGGAUACAACACAGUUCGCCACACCUCAAUAUCGUUGGUGGGCGCGCGAGAAGUGGGAGCGUGGGUUCUACUUCGGGGACCGGCCGCCGACCUCUACCGCCACUGCCGACACCGAUCUCUGCCACCAUGUCCACAGGGCUUUCCCCUUACCCACCAUUACCUCCAAUGCGUGAUCGGAGUGUCAGCCUUCCUUCUCGGUCAAACUCUUCCGGUUCUAGCUAUUCCGUUUCAUCUGCUUCCAGUGCUGGGCGUCGUCCUCGGCCGCUUCCACGAACACCGACCUCUGCUGUUUCCAACAACUUACCGGAUAUUCUUGAAGGAGAGUCAACGGAAGGAGUACCGCCGAGUUCAGGCCCGAUGAGGUCGAAUAGCAUGUUCUUGUCACCCACGUCCUCCACAGCUCCGUUGAAUUUAUCCGGGAGAGGACGACGCAGCGCUACUUUUCGGUAUAGUACUAUCGGUUAUGGUCAGGUUUCACGUGCGGCGGCAGCACUCCUCCGAGCAAAUGAGAGUGACCAAAAUGGCGGGCAAGGAGGGAGAACGGGCAAUGGGAACGCUUCUUUGAAUGGCUUAAAGUCGUACGGGAGGACUGUAUCGCGGGCCUCGACGAGGAGUGCUCGUUCCACAUACCUUGUCCCAGAUGUCGACGAGCUCGUGCGCAUCCUUGAUUCGAUGGAUGAUGGGUCUGGGUCGGGCUCGAGUAAUGAAAACGUGCCAGUUACUCCGCUGGCAGGGCCGUGGGAGCCCAAAUACGCGACCCGUAAGACGGAUGAGGGCGAAGAGGAGAUCGACAUCGGUGCCGUACUAUCCCGUAGCAGGAGUGUGGUCAGUGUCCCUUCCAGUGAGAAACGUGGAGCAGCCUCUACGCUUGAGGAUCUCCGCGUUGCGCAGAGUAUUGGGCUACCUACACCCGCUGCGACACCGAAGAGUUCUCCACAUCGUCACCCGACGAAACUUCCGUCGUCAAACUCAAGUACGAGCUCGAAGACGCCUACGAAAGCGAGUACCACUGCAAGUUCGAAGCCUGCUUUGCAGGUGAAGCCGGUGGAUAAGGAACAGCAGUCGCCUGUCCCGACGAGCGCCGAUGCACUGUCCUUGACGAGCUUUCCUCUUCCACCUUUGGCACCGUUGUACAUACCCGCACCCAGUGCGGUAGGCGUUGGAGAUAUGCCAAUCCCCAGUGCAUCGAGUGGGAUUGUGCCGAGUCCGAGUAUGGCAGACUUUGGAAAGAGCCCCGCGGAGCGUGCCACGCUUCCCGGAAUGGUGAAAGAGGAGAAGACGCCAACUCCUCAGCCUACUACUCCACCGAGACACAUCAGUGCAAGAGAAGCGAUUGUAGAUCUCAAGAAUCGCGUCUCAGAACUACCUGUGUUUAAUCUCACCGGAAAGAGCGCACUCAAGAAGUUCCCUGGAGGUGUUCCGCUUCUCGGCCUACCCAAACCGCCGCGCCGCCGUGCUCAAUCGGUAAGCACUGGUGCCAUUUCCAAGGACGCGCCAAACGCGAAGAAAAAGCAGCUCCAGCCUCCGACCAUCGACGUUUCCGCAGCCAACGCACUACCUCCCCCGAGCUCAUUUAGUGUUGGAAAGACCGCGGACGCACAAUCUGCUCCUGCUCAUAGCCUCUUUUUCAAUCAAGAUAAGCCGACGGUUCUCUAUACAACCCCGGCUCCAGCUCCGGCACCGAGCGUCGCCCCGCUUCGAAUCCGCAGAACCUCAAGCGCCGGUCAGACUCAGACGAGCACUCGGGCAGAGGCUAUCAAGAUUCAAAUACCGCCUGCCGUUGACGUGCCGCAAAGUGCAAGUGCUUUACAGACGACUUUCGGAGCGACCAGUGACCUAUUGGUAUCUGGUCGUGCUCAGCGUGCAACGUCAUUCUGCGUCUCUCCGGGCACACCUACGCCGGCUGUUGCACCGCUGAAACUGAAGAUUAGCAAGGCUUGCGCGAAGAGAGCUCGUAGUUCAACCGUUGGGCCAGUCCUCCAGACAGUCUCGAAGCAAGAUGAGCGAAUUAAAUCGGACCUGGUAGCGAUCCCUUCUGUGCCACCAACUCCGCCUCCUAAAAUUUGCAAUAUCUCGGAGACGGACGCUUCCGAGGAAUCGGAGAGCGACCAGCUGCCGACGCCUACAGCAGCCAACCCUCUAGUUUCUAAUGGUGCUGAACCUCUUGGGCAAUUAGGGAAUACGAAGAACUUGUCUGUCCUAAGUUGUGGGUCUUCGCUGUCUGCUCUGCAGCAAGCUACGGGUCACGCCUCGUUAGAUCCAGCCUUCGCGGAUAUUAUCAAGAGUAUUGCGGGCGCGAGCGAGGAGGAACAGAUGGGUAGCUUGUUGACAAUCGCGAGCAGUAUCAACACAGAGCAUCACGCUUCCGGUUAUAAUGCUGGAUUCUUCGCCCCAUUCGCCGAUGCGAGUCGUGAGGACGAUGAAGAGUUCGUCGACAUUGAGGAGGAAGGCGAAGCGACUUCGAAGAGAAAGGAGACUGUCCGGAAGAGUAUGGCAUCGGGCAUCAGUACUAGUGACCGUAGAAGGAGCAAGGGCCGAAGCCUCAGCUCACUGAAGAAACGGCAUUCGACUCGCUCUGCUGCUGCCGUACGGGCGGCCAUUCGCGCUCUCCCUGACCCGAACACGUUCCCAAUUCCCACUUCAGCAGGUAGUGUCGCAACAAACAGCAGCGCUCUCGAUGGUGGUUCGGAUUACACCGGUUUUGGGAUACGUCCAUCGCCACUUCCCAAACUGAAAGUUGUGACGAAGUUCAAGGGUGGAACUGUGCUUCUUCCAGCAUCGACCGCGCCGCUCUCAGCGACGUCGACGAAGUCCUCCAUGUCAACUUUCAGUGGGCACUCGCGCAAUGCGAGCGGCGUGAGCAUUGUCACCAAACGCGUGUCGACAGCUACCGGAUCAAGGAAGAUGAAUCGUCUCACGUUGACGGAUCCACGAAGCCCGAUGACGGAUGCAGCUGUUGCUGCUGCCACGCUCGUCGCUCGCGUACGCCAGAAGCGUGCUGCACUUGCUGCGCGCAAUCGCUCAACUGGAAUCAAUGCUGUUCAUGUACACAAUCAAGGACAGGUUAUCCACAUUCAGCGAGGACACGCACGCACAGGAUCUGGUUCAAGUGGUAAUGCUUUACGGUCAAAACUCAAGAUGUCUGGUAGUGGCUUCUUCGGCGGAUAUUAGCUUGACUGCACGCGCUCUCCGUACUCCGGGCCCUGCCGCCAAUACUGAUGCCGACGCCGUACUGCGCAGUGGCCCGCGGGAACAUCGACCAAUCAUUUGUCGUGUCUGCAAAACGCGAACAAGCGUUGCGUCGUCGCACAAAGGCGAACUGGAUUUAUGUGCUUGAUUUUCAAAUCACCAGACUAUCUCUUCCACUUGAUCCACGAUUACAUGAUAACCACUUCACAUCGCCUUCUAUCUAAUGUAUCGUCGGUCUCAAUACCGGAUUACUAUCGCUACCUCCAUUCCUUAGGGCGCCUCUUUCGCGGAAAGGAUAUAUACGCGCGGAUGGGGUUCAUGGGGCUUUGGCCCUUCUACGAUUUCCUCGUGUAUCAUCAGUGUAGAGUAUCUAUUCGUAAAUUAUCUAGGCUCAGUUUUUCAUCAUGUUUGUAUAUCCCGCUUCGACGUAUAUGCUCUCCCUCUCUGCUAGUCUUGUUUUCCACCUACCUUGCACUUCUUUUGACACUGGUUACGCACUGCAUGUUGUCUUUUUAUUUCGCCUUUGAUUUCCACUGUUGUCAUAUUACAAAUCUUCGUCAAUCUUUUUGAUUUAGCCUCUCCUUUGACACUGUACUUUGGACUUAUGUUCUGCAUAGCAUCUACACUCCUUUACCCCUUUGUUC